GUUGAAGUUGAAGGCAGAGAGAGAGAGAGACAGACUGUCGAGUGAAUGUGGUGGAUAAGAGUUGUUAGUGCUUUUAGUAAACAGUUUAAUUUAUUGUACGUAAGGAAGGAACCACUACUAGCAUCAGUUGACUACUGAGGAGAGAAGAGAUACACAAAAUCUAAGCCGGAUAUGUCGAGUUGGUUUUUAAUAUGCAAAUCUCGCCUUGGUUUAACAGCUAUAGAAAAAUUAAGUUGAUAAACUGUUCGUCACUGUUUUACUAUAAAACUGUGGGUGGAAAGCGGAUCGAUUGGAAAUUGUGUGGGUGGGAGUGAAAAGUUUUACAAGUGUGAAGUACAAAAUUAUUGCAAGAAAUCAAGAAUUCUUUUUGUGGAGGUUUUUUUUAUUAAUAGGAAAAAUGGAAGUCGGAGUUGAGACAAAUGCAAAAACUCCUACGAAGAAAGUACAUUCCUUCAGCCCUGUGACGGGGGGAUCUCCCGUGAAAUACUUUGGGAUUUCUCAUCAUCCUUCCGCCAUGUAUGGAGACAAUGAGGACCCAUACCCCAGUUUAUCCGACUUUCAUGACUACGAACCCAACCUGGAAUUUGACGACACGGAGUUGGAACAAGCCGCAUCCACCGCAGGUGGGGAAGAUGAGAUCAAAGUUUUUGACUAUUUGGAGUCGCCUGUAUCGGAUGGAACGAUAGAAGAAAAUUUUGAGGAGGAAUUGGCAGCCGCCCCCUUCAUAUCAGAACCAGACUCCAUCACCACCACGCCCCUCCAGGACGAGGAGGAUUUUUCGGACAUUUCCCAACAUGGAAUUGUAGAAGUUGUUGGAGAUGAUGCCUACGGAAGGAAGAUCAUUGUGGUCGUAGCCUGUAAAUUGCCUUCAAACAAGGGUUUCGAUCAUCAACGAUUCCUCAGGUAUCUGUUGUACACCUUGGACAAAUAUGUUGAACAGGACUACAGUUUGGUAUAUUUUCACCAUGGGUUGAACAGCAAGAAUAAGCCUUCACUGACUUGGCUUUGGCAAGCGUACCGAGCAUUCGAGAGAAAGUACAAGAAAAACUUGAAAGCGUUGUAUCUAGUCCAUCCAACAAACUUUAUUAAGCUCACCUUUCAACUUUUCAAACCGGUGAUAAGCGCAAAAUUCGGAAGGAAAGUGAUGUACAUAAACUAUCUUCACGAGUUGAACCAGUUCAUUAGAUUGGAUCAACUUACUAUACCACAAAUAGUUUUAGACUAUGAUCAGCAACUGACUGCUAAAUCCAGUCAUAAAGCUGUCCCUUAUCCGACGAUCAACAACACAGGAUCAAAUAAUAAGGCCAGUAAAACACCCUUGGACACACAACAGUUUGGAGUAUCCUUAAUGUUCAUUAAAGAACGCAACAACAGCGACAUCAUACCUCCAAUUAUGAGACAGUGUGUCGAGUAUUUAAGUCAGCCAGAAGCAUUGGCCACCGAUGGUCUCUUCCGAAGAUCUGCAAGUACUAUUCUAGUCAAGGAAUGUCAAGCUAAGGCAAACAGAGGGGAAGUGAUUGAAUUCAACGGAGACUUUCACCUCGCUGCGGUUUUAAUCAAAGCAUUUCUCAGGGAAUUGGAAGAACCUUUGCUAACCUUUGAUCUUUUCGAGGAAAUCAUGGAUUUUCAAAAAUUGUCAAAGGAUGAGAGGGGACCAAUUGUGAAGCAAAUCAUCCUGGAAAAGUUACCUGAAGACAAUUACGCUGUGUUAAAAUAUCUUGUUCACUUUCUCUCAAAGGUGAUGGAUCGUGCAGACUUGAACAAAAUGACAUCUUCCAACCUCGCUGUGGUAUUUGGACCCAAUUUGAUGUGGUCCGAAAAUUUAAAGUUGUCCCUUGCAGCAAUUGCCCCUAUCAAUCAAUUCACCGAUUUUAUCCUAGUUCAUCAGGACGAAAUAUUUCUGAUAUGAAUCACUAAACUCAUUCCAGACAAAAGGAAUUAAUUUACAUACAUGAUGUUUCUCUCUAGAACUGAUACACUUACAUAUUACAUAUUAUUAUUAUCAACAAAGUUUUCUGUAUACUUUAGUAUGUACGUCGUAUAUAAACGCACAGUUAUAGUUUCACUAUUACCGUCAUCAUCGUCGUCGUCGUUGUCAUCUACACAUGUAAUAAUAACCCAGUUACCAAUGUAAUUUUACAAAUAAUGUUGCAAUGUAAAAACAUGUAUAUAUAUAUCUUGCUAAUUUGUUCAUAAAGCACACUAUUAACUAGGUUGAAUUGAAGUAAAUGUCCAUUACCAAUUAUCAUAUUCAUGAAUGUACUCCUUUACACACAAUAAGUAUCUUAUCGAACUUGCUAGAGUACAAUCUGAAAUUAUUUGAAAAUAUUUCAAACACAGGUGCUAAUAUUAUUGCUUGAUGUAAUAAGAUACGUUUUGCUUGUUACCCGACUUCUAUAACUUCUAUAACGCUUUUACCUAAAGAAGGGUUUAUAAAUCGAUUGGACUAGGUUAUAGUUUCAGAAAAUAUUCGCAUUAGAGUCACGUGUGUAGUGACAACCAAGUUGUAAUGUAAACUAUUUUUGGCCAGUAGUAUUCCUUCGUAUUUCAUACGGUUUUUGCAUUUUACUAAAAUCUUACUUAACAGUAUGAAAAUGUAGAAAAAAAGAAUAGUCUCAUUACAUCUUGCCAAAUACUACAACGCUCGUAGUAGUAUUAUAACAAAAGUGUAGAGUUAAUAAGUUUUGUGGGAUGUGGGAGGAAGAUUGUAUAAAAAUAAUAACAAAUUAAAAGAACCCGAAUCUGAAAUCUGAAUCAAUAAGAAUGAAAUUUUGUAUCUGAUCCUAGUGCAUUCCAAAUCUGUGAUUGAUGAAUGUAAAGCUGCUGGAUGGAAUUUUACCUUAUUAACUAAACUCAACAAAUUAGUACGGUUAGAGUCCCGUUACGUAAUAGCGGUCUGUUUGUAGCGAAUUUUAUAAAGUUACAAUUUUCCAGGUGGAUAAGAUCGUGUAGUAGUAUUAACUAAUAAUAGUAAUGAUUACUGUUAUUAUUGUUCUUAAUUAUUACAAUCCUUAUGUAAAUCCCGUAAGCCAAAAAAAUGUCACGGUAAAAUUUUUCAUGAAAACAACCUUCAACAAAGGAAAAAUAUGUUCCUGCUUUUACAGUGUGUAUUACUACAUAACAUGUAACAUGAUACGAAUUCCUGAUAAUAUGCAAGUAAACGCACGCUGUAGUUUAUUAAUUCCCAGUUUAUAUAAUACAUGCGAAUAGUCGUUUUGUACAAAAGGAAGAUACAUGAAGAAGAGCUAGUGAACGAAAGAAUUGAAAACCUCCGAUAUUGUAUGAUGUAGAUUAAUUCUUAUAAAAUUCCAGCUUACGAGUAGUACGCAAAACAGUUUGUCCUAUCUAAUAUUCCAUGUUUACUAUGUUACAGCAAUACUCUGCAAUGAUUGAAUAAUUAAAUCGGAAACUUUUGAAUUAAAGAGAGAGUAAAUAAUA